UCCAAUUGCUGUUUUUAACCUUGAUGAGUUUAUAGUAGUCUGUAUGGUCAUUUCAUAUGUAGCAUCUGUCUUGUUAUUGUAACAUAAGUCAAUUUUUUAUAUAUAUAUAUUGUUGUGACUGAAUAUAAAUGCAAGCACAGAUACUGGGCCUUGAAGUUAGAGACCUUCAACCAAGCAUUUCCAAACUGCUGAGACCCCUCAACACGCUGGACGACCUUUGUCGACUAAUGCAGUCGUACAUCAACAUGCGCCCGAAUGCCCAAGGCCACCAGUCAGGUGUCAGCGUGCUGUGUGUGUCCUCUGAGCUGUGUAACCGCCUGGGAGCCUGCCACAUCACCAUGUGUGGCACAGGGAUGCAGAGAUGUACUCUGACUGUGACACUGGAGCAGGCAAUGAUUCUAGCCAGGAACCAUGGCCUCAUACCGCGCUGCAUCAUGCAGACCAUGGACAUAAUGCGUAAACAGGGGGCAAGAGUUGAGCUGUCUGCUAAAAAUCUCAAGGUAAUGGACCAGAUGCCUCCAUCAGCUCCAAGGCUCUUCAAGCUAUGUUUGCCACCCUCAGAUGGAGACCUCUAAGGAUACUGUCACUUCAGCAAAGUCAUCACAGAGAGGGUGAAUGAGGAACUGAUGAUGACAGGAGCAUAGAGACACUGGCAGUGGAAAACCUUGCCUCUCCCCAUUGCCCCACUUACACAGGGAUCAUUCCGGCGUGGAUACCACUAGAGUCUACAGAGCACCUACAGUGAGACUGAUGCAACCUGAGUCUCAGGACUAGCUAUGUAUUAUUUUACUGGAGCUAACCAUAUAGAAGCAUUAUUCUGUUGGCUCUCUUUCCAAACCAUGUCGACUUAACAACCGGUUCAAAAUAUUCACAACAAUACGAAAAAUGAGGAGGCCCCAUAAAGACAAUGUCCACAGUGGUUAUUCUCACAGUUGAGCUUAUAUUAUUAACUGGAUUAACCAAACUACCUGUAGCUGACUGUCAUCCUAAAUGCAGACAUUUCAUUUUGCCUUGGACUGCAAAAUCCAGAGAGUUGCGUGUUUCUCUGUUCAGGCUGGCGUUCCCCAGGGCUCAAUGUGCGGACCCCGAGUGAAGUAGAAUACUUGAAUGCCCUGUAAUUCAUAUAAGAUGCAGAAAGUUAAAGAUUAGACAGAGAAAUGGAAGUAGGGAUUGAAGGGCAGAUGAAGAUGGCAUGGGGGUGGGGUGGGAUUGCUGCAUGUGGUUACUGUGCAAUUACUGUAGGUUUAGUGUGAGUACUGUAUUACUGCACUAUAUGAAGGAUAGUUAUUUAUUGUGUCCAAGAAGGAGCGUUUUAUCGCCUACUUAUACUAUAUCGGGUAUUAAAAGAAUCUAAAAGCAUUCCAGCCUACGUAUUGAACAGUAUUUAAAGAACCAAUGGCAUGCCGUCUUUUGGAUGUAACUGCUCUGGUGUAUUUCAUUUUAUUUAUGUGUUACAUUAAUCUUCAGGGAGUGCAAGGGAUGGAUGUACUGAAGCUAGCUAAUCAGAAUCAGGACAAAGUAAGAAACUAUACAAGGUUGUUUCUCAACAAGCAGCCAAGUUAUCAGGAUACUGUUAAAUUAUUAAUAUAUUAAUUCAAGUCUUCUAGUUGAAGGAUUACCUUCACUUAACUAAGACACCUUUUGUUUUUUUGUUUUUUUCAAUUGGCUUUUAUGUUGUCUUGAAACGAUUGUGUUAACUGUAGGUAUUAAAAGAAGCACAAAAAUUGGUCCAUUCAGUGUUAGAAAAAAAGUACUGUAUGCAGUUUGCUGGUGAUGUGAACAAAGGGACUGUUUGAUGACUGAAAAAACCCAGUAACAUUAGUUUACUGACCAUUUUAUUAUUAUUAUUUUGUACAUACAAGCUGUAGCAGUGUCAGAGGGAGGGAGGGUGAGGUCGUGUAGAGAAUUAAAGCAGAGAGUUGCUAUAAAUUAAACUGGAUUAUUUUUUAUGGAAAUAAUAUAGUAUAUAAAACCUUUUUGUAUGUUUAACUGUGCAUUUAAAGAGAACCUGAUUCUCUUUUUUUAACUGUAACCUCACUGACAACUUGUGUCUGACUGUUAAAAAAGGUUUGACAUGGAUUUCAAGGACCUCACUUGACAUUACAGCAGGUCAUGUGAUCUUUUUAUUUUUUAUUUGGUUCAUGUUGGAAUAGUCCCUACACAUCCCUUGGCAGUAGCAUUACCAACACAAAUUGACAUCCAUCAGUUGCCAUAUAAAACCCAUGGCUAUUUGCAUUGUUUUUGUUUUCUUUAUCAAACGUUGCUCUUAACUCGAGCACUGUAAAUAUGAUAAAACUCCCAGUGCAGCGUUAGUUAUCAUAACCUGGUCUUAACUGUGCUACCGGUUCAAAUUAGCUAAUGAUUGCAGCAUGUCGGUGUAGCAGGACAUACAUGUCACUGAUUACACAUGUACUUACAUUAUUCUAAUGUUUCAAAUUGUAUAUACUUUACCUGCAAUUUUUUUUGUUGCUUGCAAAUAACUGUAAAAAGGAUUUUUGUUGUUGUUGUUGAAACUUUCUAAAAAUUAUCAUUGUAAAUGGAAUCUUAACAAGCUAGUGAAUAAAAUGUUCUCAGUAUGACAAAC